GGCCGGCGCGGUCACGUGACUGGGCGCGCCCGCCCGUUGUGGCCAUGGCGGCCGCAAGCUCCAGUGUGGUGAGGCGAGUGGAGGAACUCGGAGACCUGGCGCAGGCCCACAUACAACAACUUAGCGAAGCCGCCGGCGAAGAUGAUCACUUUUUAAUUCGCGCCUCUGCAGCUCUAGAAAAAUUGAAAUUUCAGUGUGGUGAAGACAAAGAAUGUUCAACCCCAUCAAAUCUUCUAGAACUUUACACACAGGCUAUUUUGGACAUGACAUAUUUUGAGGAGAACAAGCUAGUAGAUGAAGAUUUUCCUGAAGAUUCUUCACAGAAAGUAAAAGAGUUGAUCAGUUUUCUUUCAGAACCAGAAAUUUUGGUUAAAGAAAAUAAUAUGCAUCCAAAACACUGCAGUUUGCUUGGAGAUGAACUCCUGGAAUGUCUCUCCUGGAGGCGAGGAGCCCUACUCUAUAUGUAUUGUCAUUCUCUGACCAAAAGGAGAGAAUGGCUCACAAGAAAAUCUAGCUUACUUAAAAAGUACCUUGUUGAUGGAAUCAGUUACUUACUACAGAUGCUGAAUUUUCGGUGUCCCAUCCAGUUAAAUGAAGGAGUUUCUUUCCAAGACCUAGACACAGCUAAAUUACUAAGUGAAGGAAUAUUUAGUGACAUUCAUUUGCUGGCUAUGAUGUACAGUGGAGAAAUGUGUUAUUGGGGAUUGAAGCAUUGUGCAGAUCAACAGCCAGAAAAUCACGAAAUGGAUACUGGCGUUUCUGGAGCAAGCUACGCUGCACACAAAGAACCCUUGGAUUUCCGAGAAGUAGGAGAGAAAAUUUUGAAAAAGUAUGUAUUUGUAUGCGAAGGACCCCUGAAAGAACAAGAAUGGAAUACAACAAAUGCAAAACAAAUUUUAAACUUCUUUCAGCAUCACACUAACUAGUAAGUUCUUCUAGUCCUUUUCAAACAGAAAAACAAAAAGACUCAGGAAUGAAAAUUCCAGAAAAGAAGACAUUGAUACUGAAUUUAAGAACAUUAUACUACAUAAAGAUAGCCAGCAUGGUUACCCUUUUUUAAAUGCCAUUACUAUCUUUCACUAUGUAUUCUUAAACCUGUGAAGGAAUGAUUCUUUAAUUUCUGAAAUGGCAUUUACAUUAUUCUAACUCAGCCUGAACUACAGAUAUCCUGUGACUAAUAUUAAGAAGGAAUCCAAUUUAUCUCUGUAAAGAUUUUUGUUAUUUAGAUUUUUUUUAUUGUGGUACAAUAUACAUAACAUAAAAUUGAACAUUUUGACUGUUUUUAUAUUUUUUUAGUCUCCCUCUCUUGAAGUUUGCUACACUUCAGAGAUUAAAAUCAAGUCAUCUCUUUGCUUUGGAUAUAUGCUAUGGGUGUAUUUAAAAAUUGGCAAAAUGAAAAAUUGUGACUUGUAUCCAUGUACCAUUUCCAGAGUAAGAUAAAUAAUGAAAGACUCCACAGAAGAAUUUUUGUUUCACUACAUGCUACUAAUGGCAUUUAAAAUUUUUAGUCUGUUAGGCAUUUUAUAAAAAUUUUAAAAAUUAUUUUUCUUCUUUUGUUUAAAAGAAUAUGCAUGAUUUAUUAAACAAAUAAUGAAGAUAAAACCAUUAGGUUAGUCUGCCAUUAGUCAUGUGUCUUAGGGCACAUCUUUUCAUACAUUCUGAAAUUUUAAUAUUUUCUGUCUUUGAUUGUAGGGGUGAGUGUUAAAGGCCGAGAGCCCAGCCUGGUAUCUCACUGACAGUCUUUCUGUCUACCUCAGUUCCUGUUGUCGUCUAGGGAUGACCUGUCUGAUACCUUGCCAGUAUCCUCAAUCUCUGGGCCAUUGACUUCAUCACAUUCCAGGAACUUAACUCCCAUGGCCACUGAAUAUCACCAUCCUGAGUUUCUGUUUCUGAAAUCUUCAAUUUUGGUAACUAAUGACAUUUUUCAUCUUUCCAACUUUUUACUUCCUCAUUUUUGUUGAUUUUUCUCUCUCUCUUACUUCCUUCCUAUCUCUUUUGCUUCUUCAGAGCCUCCUCUUACUAUUCUCUUUUCUCCUCACCAUCAGCCCCUUGGAGAGUUUUCUUCCUUCCCUGUCCAGCCUUGGUUUUCUGUGACACCACAUGAAGAGCUCUCUACAGUCCCUUCAGAUCCCAUCUUCCCCUUGUCCUUCAGCCUAAUCAUUCUUUAAGCCUUCUCUCCAUAUUGAAUUAAUCCUAUCAUUCCCCCUUUUCUGGGGUGCUGAAUUCUGUGUGAAGUUCCUGUAGCCCUUCAAAGAAGAGUCACUCUAAGUAUCUCACCUUCAAGGUUAGAGGAGCCCUCAGCAUAAGCCAUUUAUCUGUCCAUUUCCCACUGUGACUCACGCAUACCUCUGACUUGCCUCAUCACUUUUCUCUGGCCAUUUGUCUCCUCCCCUAGCACAUGGCUCUUAGUCCUUUCUUAACAGAAAUAGAGACUAUGAGGAGGUCAGCCUCUGUUUCCCUCCUUUGCCCUAUUUAUUUUCCCGCUUUUUUGAGGAAAAUAGGUCUCCUGCUUCAUGUUGAAGACCCAAUUUUCCCACCUUUCCUUUCUGCCAACUUCUUCCUUUCUCCCAGGGCUUCUCUUUUUUUCUGUCUGUGCCCUGUAGGUAUUGCUGUUUCCCAAAGUACUGUCCUUUUUCUCUUUUUCCUCCUUCUCCCCUAUUUCCUUCCUACCUUUCUCCUUUUUUUUCUUUUAUACUUAUUCUAAAUACCGUUGACCCUUGAGCAAUGCAAGUUUGAACUUUGAACUACAUGGGACUGCUUAUACAUUUUUUUUUCAGUAGUUAAUACUACACUUUUAUACAAUCAGCAGUUGGUCAUAUCCUCAGAUAUGGAGGAGUCGCAGUGUGGAUGGCUGACUAUAAGUUAUAUUGUGAUUUUUUACUGCCAGGAGGAUUCAUCCCUAAUCCCCUCAUUGUUCAGGGAUCAGCUGUACUUCUUUGUGGUGUUAUUCAUAACCAUGGCUUCUACCACCUGUAAUCUUCGGCUGACUCCCUAACCUGCACUUUGAAUCCCAACUUGUGCUCUCUAAACGUUCUUUUUAAUUGCUGUUAAAUAUCUUCACUUAGACAUACCACAGUAAUUUUAAAUUUAACGUGCUCACACACAACUAAUCUUCAUCUUUCAUCUACAAUCUUUUCCAGUUCAUGUUUUCUUUUUUUUUUCGAUCUUCCACAAAGCAGGGCAACACAGAAUGUUGUAAUCUGCUUUCUUCUGCCUACCUUGCCAGUCUCAUCUCUGCAGCUCUUCUUGUGUGAUCAUAUUCUAGUCCAGUGUUCCUUAGGCUCCUUUUUGAUUCAUGUUCUGAUAGAACCUCUUGGGACAAGUGGAGAAUCUCUCUCUGUCUCUUAUUUUUAUUCUCACACAGCUAAGAAGACUUUUAUUUAAUUUAGUCUUUAACAAGUUUUGCUGUGAAAACGCCUUUAUGCUUUCUAAGCAUGAAGAUUUAAAUCACAGACUAUCCAUCCUCACUCCACCCCUUUUGGAGCAUCACAAUCAGUCACAAGUGUACCAGUUCCUUUUCUAAUGUGCUAUGUGUUUUUUUCCUUUGUUAUUCUUAUUACUUCUCAGUGGGAUGCGUUGCCCUUCUUUGUGGCCAAGGAAGUAUUUUCCUUUAGGCCUCAGCCCCAGUGAUAUUGUUCCUGUAAGACUUUUUCUAGCCCUUUUCAGUCAAAGUUAACUAGUUUCUUCAUUUCCACUCCCUGAAUCUUCCCCUCCCAUGUUAUCACACUGCUUAUAUUGCUUUAUAGUCAUUUUUCUUAAAAGUUGACAAAUUCCAUGUUUUGAAAAUUUAUGCAUAGUGCUUAAUGAAUGGUAGGCCCUUGGUAAUGCUUUUUGAAUUAAUAAGAGACAUGAUUCUCUGCCACAAAAGGGUUUUUGAUAUCUGACUCCAAACUGCCAUUUCCUCUGUACCAGUGGUUGACAAGGCCAAGAAGGAAUUAUUCCUCAGAGGAGUAAAGUAUUGUUUAGAUUUAGAACCAGAGGAAAAAAGAGAAUUUUGUCUUCAGAAGCUAGGGACUCCAUUUUGUCUUCAUGACCCUUUUGAAACAGUCCUUUUGGGUCUCUCACUGGUUGAUACACUAAUGAGGGUACUGUUGGGGUGCUUUUUGUACAACUUUUUCAUCCCCCGCACAAUUGAAGAAUAAUGUGUAGAUCAUAACAGUACAAUGCUUUUUACUGUGAUGUAUCACGAAGCAAUGAACAGUACGUUUUUAUAUGUUAAAGUCUGCUAAGUGAAUUCUGUUACAUUUAGAAUGGAUUAACUUCAAAGUACCAAAUAUUCCACAUAAGGAAGGUACUAUAAUUCAUUGAUCAAAGUAUUAUAAUUCACUUAUCAACACGUGCCUACUACAUGCUAAGUUUUAUCCUUAAGCACUGAGAAUAUAGCUUUGUAAAACAUCAGAGUUUAUAUUCUAGUGGAAGAAGUUAAUACAUUUUAAGAAGUAAAAAUAUAGUGUGGUCAGUGAUGAUUGCUAUGAAUAAUAAAGCAGGGUAUGGGGCUAGUAUGACUCUUAAGAAGGGUGCUGUUUUAUUUAGGGUGAUGAGGAAGACACCUCCAAGCACCUAUCUACUUCAUUUGUGUCUCCCCUCUGUUUAAACACCAUCAAAUGUGCCAUUUCAUAUUCAGUGUAUUCAUAAAAUUUCUUUUUUGAAAGUUUUGAUGCUGGAUUAAAGAAUGAAUCACUUCCUAAGAACUUUUCAUUUUGAUCACAUUUAAAGGGUUUCUCUCCAGUGUGGCCCUUACUAAUGGGUAAGUGAUAACCUAAAGGCCUUAUAGAAUUUAUUACACUUCGAGUUCCUCUCCAUUUUGAACUCCUUGAUGGGUUACUAAAACUUUAACUCUGUUAAAGUAAUUUUCAUAAUCCUUAAAUUUGUAUGGUUCUUUUCCAGGAUGAAUUUUCCCAUGUUAACUAGGCUUUGAGACUUAGUUAAAGGCUUGUCUGCUUUGCUGCAUUUAUAGGGUUUCUGGCUACUAUGAAUUGCUUGAUACUGAUUAAAGUGCACAUCAAGACAGAAGACUUUCUCUUAUUUCAUGUUCAGUAGAGUGAGGUGAGAGUCAUGGCUGAAACCCCACGAUAUAAUUUCCCUUCUUGCCUUUACAAUUCCACUGGAAAUUCUGUAAUGUAAGGGGGUAUGGUCUCUAAAGACUUCCUUAGAUCCUUUUUAAUGCCAUUUUUUAAAAACUCGCAGCUUGCUGAAAACAUUAGUUGUAGAUCGCUUGUCACUUUUCUCGCUUCACCUUCUAGGGCUCCUUUUCUGGCUCCCAUAAGGAUAUCCCUUCUGCACAGAGUACAGGAUUCCGUAGUUCUCUAGCAUCACUUUAUUGUAUUAUUUUUUUUUUAACACAGUAUGAGCUAUCAUGUUAUGAAAGUAUUACAUUAACAUACAUUUAAUGUAUCCACAAUUAAAGUAUGCAUUAGGUAUUUGUGCUGCUGUACCUUACUGUUUUUUGUUUGUUUUCCUACUUCUAGUGAAAAUUUCCAAGUAAAGUGUUUUGGAGCAUAUAAAAUUUUUAAGAAACAAUAAAACCAUAAUCCCAUAUA